UCACGGCGCCCAGUGCGGUCGACGUCGCUUUCGGGCUCGUGCGCUUUCUUCUUCCGUCUGUGGUGCUGCUGUUCACCUCGUCCCCUCUCUUACUUGCCAUUGUGCUCGAAUGCUUGCGAAUACGCGGAUGGAUUCGCAGCAGUGUUGGUGCGCUGAUGAAGCGUCCUCGCCGUCCGCUCCAGUACCACACACGGCUACAGUACCAUCCCAAACUUGUCCCCAGCCCAGUCCAACCCAGCUCGAGCCCAAGAAAUCCACCGCGCAAACUGGGGGACAUAUUAGAGCCAACACACCCGGAGCCACGAGCACACGCCCUCCCACUUACAUAUUCCACCUCGCCACACGGCACCUCGUUAUGCUUGCUGACUUGACAGAACCCGCUCCGCUCCGAUUACUGAACCGCACCGCACCCUCAGCAAACUGACUACCUCACGCUAUCCAGCUUUCACUAGCACCCACCCACCAGCCCUCCUCAUAGCCCCUCUUCUCCUCACCCAUUGUAUCCGAUCCGCCGCCGUGAUUCCGUUCCGUUCAGUUCGCACAGCUCAGCUCCUCGAGCAGUCCCAAAUCGUGCCUAAAA